CCAACCGUUGGUCAUCUGAUCCGGUCCCGCCCAAUCUGCACGCGACGCGCGAUGCCCAUCAUCACACCACACGCCCCCGGCGCCCGCGAGCCGCGAGGCCGCGACGACGCCCCGCCGCACCGAUGGCCGCGCUGCUCGCCUCCUUCCCGCACGCGGUCUCCAAGCCGCGCCACCACCUCCACUCCCACUCCCACCACGCGCACCUCGCGGCCGCCGCCACGAGGCCCGAGGCCCCCAGCGCGUCCCCGAACCCCGCCAAUGCCAGGCUUCGCCGCCUCAUCGCUCGCGACAACCUCGCCGAGGCCGCGCGCCUCGUCGACCGCUCCACCUCCCGCGGGGAGGCGCCCGACGUGUACCUCUGCACCAAGCUCAUCCGCAACCUCUGCCGCCGGGGCCGCACCUCGGACGCCGCGCGCGUCCUCCGCGCGGCCGAGAGGUCCGGCACCGCCGUCGACGUCUUCGCCUACAACACGCUCGUCGCAGGGUACUGCCGGUACGGGCAGCUCGACGCCGCGCGCCGGCUCAUCGCGUCCAUGCCCGUCGCGCCCGACGCGUACACGUACACCCCGAUCAUCCGCGGGCUCUGCGACCGUGGGAGGGUCAGCGAGGCGCUCAGUCUGCUCGACGAUAUGCUCCACCGAGGCUGCCAGCCCAGCGUGGUCACCUACACAGUCCUCCUCGAGGCUGUAUGCAAGAGCACUGGGUUCGGGCAGGCAAUGGAGGUCCUGGACGAGAUGCGUGCGAAGGGGUGCACUCCCAACAUCGUCACGUACAAUGUCAUCAUCAACGGAAUGUGCAGGGAGGGCCGCGUUGACGAUGCAAGGGAGUUCUUGAACAGAUUGUCCUCCUAUGGCUUCCAACCCGACACUGUCAGCUACACCACUGUGCUUAAGGGUUUAUGUGCUGCUAAGCGGUGGGAGGAUGUUGAGGAGCUCUUUGCAGAGAUGAUGGAUAAGAAUUGCAGGCCAAAUGAGGUAACUUUCGACAUGUUAGUAAGAUUCUUUUGUCGUGGAGGUAUGGUGGAGCGGGCAAUCCAAGUUCUUGAGCAAAUGUCGGAGCAUGCAUGUGCAGCAAACACUACCUUGUGUAACAUUGUCAUAAACACCAUCUGUAAACAAGGACGUGUUGAUGAUGCCUUUCAGUUCUUGAACAACAUGGGUUCAUAUGGAUGCAGUCCGGAUACCAUUAGCUAUACAACUGUGCUAAAGGGCUUGUGUCGCGCUGAGCGAUGGGAGGAUGCCAAAGAGCUCUUGAAAGAGAUGGUUCGGAAAAGUUGUCCCCCAAAUGAGGUGACAUUCAACACAUUCAUCUGCAUCUUAUGCCAAAAAGGAUUGAUUGAGCAAGCUACUAUGCUUAUCGAACAAAUGUCACAGCAUGGAUGUGAAGUGAAUAUUGUCACAUACAACGCCCUUGUUAAUGGCUUUUGUGUGCAAGGGCGUGUUGAUAGCGCUCUUGAGUUAUUUUACAGCAUGCCUUGCAAGCCCAACACCAUUACAUACACUACCUUGCUAACAGGUUUGUGUAAUGCCGAGCAGUUGGAUGCUGCUGCAGAACUCUUAGCUGAGAUGCUUCAGAAUGAUUGCCCUCCAAAUGUAGUGACUUUCAAUGUACUUGUGAGUUUCUUCUGUCAAAAAGGAUUAAUGGGUGAAGCAAUUGAACUUGUGGAACAAAUGAUGGAGCAUGGUUGCACCCCUAACCUGAUUACGUACAAUACAUUACUUGAUGGGAUAACCAAGGAUUGCAACUCAGAAGAAGCUCUGGAGCUAUUACAGGGUUUGAUCAGCAAUGGGGUAUCCCCAGAUAUUGUUACCUAUUCUUCAAUCAUCGGCGCCCUCUCAAGGGAAGAUAGAAUCGAAGAAGCAAUCCAACUGUUUCAUGUAGUGCAAGAUUUGGGGAUGAGACCUAAGGCAGUGAUAUAUAACAAGAUACUACUUGCACUCUGUAAAAGAUCUGAAACAGAUCAUGCUGUUGAUUUUUUCGCUUAUAUGGUGUCUAAUGGUUGCAUGCCAAAUGAGUUGACCUACAUUACACUCGUUCAAGGCCUUGCAAAUGAGGGUUUGUUGAAGGAAGCACAAGAUUUAAUGACUGAGUUGUGUUCAAGAGGAGUUCUAAAUAAGAACUUGCUUGAAGAGUGGUGGCCCUAAGCUUUCGGAUCAAAUCAUGCAUUUGCCUUGAAUCAUCAUAAAUCCAAGACUUUAGUGCUUUUUAAGUACUGUUGAGUAUCCAUGGAGCUUUAUUCCUCAUUUACAGUAAUGUGGAUCCGGUGACAUCCUGGCAUGUCCUGUAUGUUUGCUUCAAGAGGCAAAAUUUCCUGAAGAUGAGACAGCCGGGGGCUCAAAGCCUCAUGUACGGAAUGGCAAUGGUGAAACCAUGAAGACCAAGGAAAAAAAUAGAAGAAUCUGGAGGAUAACACAAGCAAAAUUGAGUGCUUGCAAAUCUUAUUUUCCAUGUUAAACAAUACAGCCACAGGAUUUUAAUAAUACAUUUGAUUAUUUGACUAUAAUGCAUUGACUUAUUUAACCAAAUUACUUUUUUUUCAUGACAGUUUUGGCAUUAUUUUUUCUAAGCAAUGGUCGUGCUUAAUGUUUUUUGUUUUCUCCUCCCAAGUCUUCGUAAAACUUCCUUUUAUUUCACAUCAUUUCUGAAAAUCUUCUAUUAAUUUUAUAUCUUAUGCCAACAAGACCAUUGAGUUAUAUGGUCCUCAUGUGAUCAUGUAUUUGCCCAGGUUUCCCUUGCUUCUGACUGGCAUUUCAUAUCUAUUAACUUACAAUCAGACUGGCAUAUCAAAUUACUGGGAUCUCAACUUCUCAAGUAUAAUUCCAUUUUGGUUGCAACUUCUUACUUUACCAGGCUGACAAGAUCCUGCUAUAUGCAUUAUCUAGCACUUGCAUGUUGAUAAGCUUUUUUAGUUCCCUUCUAAUUUCUUGCAGCCUGCAGGUUUGAGGCAUUAUUCUAACACCCAUGCUUUAUCCACAAACCCGGCAUCAGAUUCUCACGCUUCUCUUUCUAUUUCUGUCUGUAGGUGGCUGUUGGGCACUACACAGUUGCAAUAUUCUUGGGAACAAAUCAAUGGCUUGUGCGGGAAAAUGCAGUUUAAAUGCGCAAUCAACCCAGAAUUUACCUGCAUUUCCUAGGAGAAAGCGAACGCAACAAGAAUUCUUUCAGCGUUUCGUAGCACUCUUGGUCUGUGGGUUGGGACAAAUGAAGAAGCAACGAAUGGAACAAGUCAUGAAGGAGAACAAGAACGUAGCAUGCAGUACUGCACAUUUCGAAGCAGUCAUCCAACAGCACACCGAACAGCCUGAUCAGUUGAUCCAGAGCCGUGGAG